AUGUUUUCACCUCCUAUACAACGUGGAAUUAAGGCUCUUGAUAAAGAAUUAUUUAAGCGUACUAUUGAGGUUAUAGGUGUCCGUGUUCCUAUAAAUUCCAUAUCAAAAUUUACAAAAACAUUAAAAGAAGAUCUAUUUAAUCAGCCAAAAUUAAGAAAUGUUAUUGAUGAUCCAAAUUCAAAUUCAACCAAAAUAGUUUUAUUAAAUCCAAAAGUUAAAACAUUAGAACUUGAUAAUAUUUCUGAAGAGACUAAAGAGUUUAUAAAGAAGGAAGGAAAUGGAAUUAUAAGUCAUUCAGUUGAAUUAAAUUAUGAUUAUUGGAAUGAUAUUCUUAAAGCAAUAUUACCUGAAGGAGUUGAAGUACCAUCAUCAUUUACACAAGUUGGUCACAUAGCACACAUGAAUUUACGUGAUGAAUUUAUACCUUGGAAAUAUAUAAUUAGUCAAGUUGUUCUUGAUAAGAAUUCCAAAAUCGCCACAGUUGUUAAUAAAACAGAUAUGAUUGAUUCUACUUUUAGACAUUUUAAAAUGGAAAUCUUGGCAGGAGAACAUAAUUUGAUGGCCGAAAAAGAAAGUAAUUGUAAAUUUAGAUUUGAUUUUUCUAAAGUCUAUUGGAAUUCACGAUUACAUACAGAACAUGAUCGCGAUGUUUUUGCUGGAGUUGGUCCAUUUUCAAUUCCUGCUGCAAAAAAAGGAUGCAUUGUUUAUGCAAAUGAUCUUAAUCCUGAAUCGUACAAAUAUCUUCAAGAAAAUAUUUUACUGAACAAGGUAAAAGAUAAAGUUCAUCCAUACAAUUUAGAUGGAAGAGAGUUUAUAAAAAAUGCUUCAGAAAACUUGAGACCAUCAUCAGAUUCAUCAAAUUUUCGAAUUUUUGAUCAUUUUGUAAUGAAUUUACCUGCAUCUGCUAUAGAAUUUUUAGGUCAAGAGAAAGAAAUAAGAAAUUCAAAAAUAAAUUUACCAACUAUACAUUGUCAUUGUUUUUCAAAAAGCGAGAAUCCUAAACAAGAGAUUAUACAAAGAAUCAACAAAAUUUUGGAAAUGCCAUUAGAAAAAUCUAAUGAUGGUGGCAUUGAUAAAUAUAAUAUACAUUUUGUUAGAAAAGUUGCACCAAAUAAAGAUAUAACAACAAAAUCUAACGAUAACAAUGAUAAUAGUAAAGAUGAUAAUGUUAAAGCUAAAAAAACUAAAUUGGAAUAA